GUGCCAGUGCGUCAUGUGUCAUUUCGCGUCAUGUUUCAUUCCUUGUGUAGGUUGUGGCUGUAGGUGGAGGCUGUGCUGGUUUGUUUUUUUCAUGUUUCAUUCCUUGUGGAGGUUGUGGCUGUAGGUGGAGGCUGUGCUGGUUUGUUUUUUUCAUGUUUCAUUCCUUGUGGAGGUUGUGGUUGUAGGUGGAGGCUGUGCUGGUUUGUUUUUUUUCCUUCAGGAAAGUGAAUCUGGGUUAGUGACGACACUUCCCCUCUUUCCUUGGAUUCACCUCCGAGGGUUUUUUUCACUCUGCCUGGCCGAGUUUUCGUGAAGUGAACUUUAGUUUGCUUUUUGUAUUCUGCUUUUUGUGUCAAAGACACGAUGCCGUCUCCCUCUCGAAGGCUUCAGACGAAGCCCGUGAUCACCUGCCUCAAGACUUUCCUCAUCUCCUACAGCCUCAUUUUCUGGUUCACUGGAGUGAUCCUGUUGGCUGUUGGCGUGUCGGGGAAGGUGAGCUUGGCCUAUCUGUCUCUGGCCUCAGAGGAAGGCACCAAUGCACCAUAUGUUCUCAUUGGAACUGGGGCCAUCAUUGUUAUUUUUGGGCUUUUUGGAUGCUUUGCCACAUGCCGUGCUAGUCCAUGGAUGCUAAAACUGUAUGCCAUGUUUUUAACUUUGGUUUUCCUCGCUGAGCUUGUGGCUGGGAUUUCAGGAUUCAUUUUCAGACAUGAAAUUAAAGCUACUUUAGGUAGUGCCUAUAGAGAAGCAGUGAGGACCUACAACACCACAGACUCUAGAAGCACUGCUGUCGAUACCAUCCAGAAAACUCUCCAUUGCUGUGGUGUCAAUAAUUACACUGACUGGAUUGGCACUCUAUACUUCAAUGAGAAGGGCUUCCCUACAAGCUGCUGCAAAGACGUUGCCAACUGCUCUGCAGAAACUCUAAUGAUCCCAGACAAAGCCAAAGCUAUAGUGAACAUCGAGGGCUGUUUUCUGAAAGUGACCAAUGCAAUGGAGUCAAACCUGGGAAUCAUUGCUGGAAUCUCUUUUGGAAUUGCUUUCUUCCAGCUCAUUGGAAUUUUCUUGGCCUGUUGUUUGUCCCGAUACAUAACCAACAACCAGUAUGAGAUGGUUUAACUGUGAUCUUUGACAGGUUGUUAUUUGGAUUCAAAGAAACUCCUGUGAUUUUACACAUCUGUCAUUUUAGAUAAAGGGAUUCCUUUGGAUGCUGCUUUUUAAAAUGCAAAUUAGGGAAAGGAAAAAGUCUGUGAAUUGUGUGUGAGACCAAAAAAAUAGGAAUUAGAGGGUUAAAUUCCAAGAGGGAUAUAUUCAAAAGGCAUUACAAUAGUAUUUGUAUUUUCCUCUGCUAUGUUUUCCUAUGUGUCUGUAUUAGCUUUGUUAUUUUGUUCUUGUGGUUUAUUUUGAGACUUUCCUAAUUUAACUAAGGCAAAACCUAUUUAACUUGAGCAACAUUGUUAUUUUCUCUAUGCUGUUUUGUUUGAGGUAACCAGUUCAAUAUUAAGUGCUGCCUAUUAGAACUCAUGUGCCUUUCUGCUUUGCUCAUAUAGUACAGUUAUCAGUGUUACAGAUCAUUUAUUUUUUUCUCAUCAUGUAAAAUACUUGAAAAAUAAAAACAGACUCGGACUUGGACAAAGGGUAUCAAAAUCAGCUUGUUCUAUGUGUGCGUGUGUUCCUCAUUGUACAUAUAUAAUCUGUUAAUUAAAAUAAGUUGCAAGACCA